UAUUUCCGUAAUAUCGGUGAUUUGAAAAAAAAAAAAAAAAAAAAAGGAAGGCGGUACCGAGAAAGGACCAAAGCCAGCGUUUUCUACGAAGCCUUGUCUACAUAUAAAAAAAUGUUUACAGUUAUUCGUAAAAAGUGCUCGUGACGACUGUGCUUUUCAAAAUGCGGCUCUUCAUUCGACUAACGUUCCAGGUAACGUUGAUUUUAUUCAUUCGUCGAUGCGAUGGGUUCAUGUUUAGCGGAUGGCUGCGAAGUACGACGGAGCGGAAUUUGCUAUCGUCGGUCGGUCAGUACAGAUAUCAGAGUUACGCAAACAACGACGCUGCUGCUGCUGUUGCGGCGGGGUUGAACCCUCGAUUCGAAUCGAAGAAGGACACGGGUAAACCGAACGUCGAGUCGGUGGCGGUGGUUGUAACGACACCGCCGCACGCGUCUAGCCCACCGACCGAUAAAGACAUCAUCGCAGCCUUCAACAAUCAACGAACUGGAAUUUCGGCGCCAGCACCAGCCAAAUACGACAAACCUUGGAAUCUUUUCGACGCGGUGGUCGUACAUUCGAUACCUUCGGUCGUUCCACCAUCUCCUAUCAGCUACGUGGCUUUUCCGGCGCAAAAUUUACCCUAUUUUUACUACAGAGACGGUGCUGGCGCUAAAGUGCAACCGGUGCAACAAAAUAUCGCAUCGUUCGCGACUACUCCUCCGGUGCCUGAGAAAACCAAAACCGUUCAAGUCGAGUUGAACUACAAAGACGACACGGUCGUGGAAAAAAUUGGCGAAAACGUCGUAUUGAAUAGUAAAGUAGCGUCAACAGCGGCAGAUAGCGGCGAGUCGUCGACAACCGCGUCCUCGGUUGUAACUCCAGGGCAACAGCAAAACGCUUCGCCAGCCGUAUCCGACUCCACGGCCAAACUGAAUUUACAAAACCGUCCGAUAAAAUUGCUGGGUUCUAAUCCAUUGUACACGGUGCCGACCAAUUUUACGUUUACGCCUCAAGUGUAUUACGCGCCGCCGGCCCCGGCGUCUGAUAUUCAAUACGUUCCGUGGAAUCCGUUUCUCAAGUCGCCGCUAAUAGCGCCCUUCUUGUACAGAAACGUUCAACGUGCUGUAUCCGAACGUUCGGAAAUUUUACCGUCGACGUCAUCGUCACCGUCCCCGCCACUUCAAGUAACCAACAACAACAAGCCUCAGAAACCGAUCUGCGAGAAUUGCCAACUACUGCCCGCCGCUUUUCCGAAUUAUCCGUAUGUGAGAAUUUUUGACGUCAAUGAGAAAAAUGUUCAGAGACCCUGCGCUCACGAAAGCGUUUCUAAUCCAUCAACGCCGCCGCCACCGCCACCGACUCCCAAUUUGAAGUCUUCCAACUUGGCUUACUUAUUCAUGCCCUCAUGAAUCGGAAAAUAUCUCGAUAUCACGCUUCAUAAUCCUGUUAUUUUUUUAUAGAGUACUUUAAUAAUAUGAUUACCUAGUUUUAUCGAUAUCAUACCAUCACAGAGUCACCCCUUUCUAUCUUGAAAUCCAAUCUCCCCCCCCCCCUCACAGACCAAAGUUUAAUCUGAAUGUAAUUACGCAGAAUGUGCAUUCAAUGUCCGGCAAGGUGCAUCUACUCAGUCAGCCAUACUUUAAAAUGUAACAGCGUCCAUGUAUAUAGCAUGCAUUACAGAACACUGGAUAUCGGCUGGGAACAUACCAUUUGUGCACAUUGGUGAUUACCAGGUUGUAUCAUAUUUCUAUAGGGGGAAAAAAGAGGGGUGAUGGGACAUGUACCCUAAUAUCAAAUCGUCUAAAACUUGUGUUUAAAAACAGAGAGGAUAUCACUCGUAUUUCACAGGAGGGGGAAUUUGAGGUUGCAGCUGUGACAUCUAUCAUGGGUAAAUUGAAUGUAAUCUCUUUAUACAGGCCACCAUAAGGUAACUUGGAUUUAUUUUUCAAAAAGCUUGAAACUGUGAUGAAAAUUGCAUCCAAAAAUGGGUUUCUAAAAAUUAUAUGUGGUUAUUUCAACAUAAACACACUAUCAAAUAGUCAUGCUGCAACAACACUUCGAGAUACAAAUAUAUGCUCUUGUUAUAAAAUGAACUUACCACGCAACAAACCUAUAAGAUCUAAAACUUGUUUGGGCACUUUUGUGAGUAUGUAUAGGUGACCCCUUUGGAAUUGAAGUACAUAAAACACAUAUCUCAGAUCAUGAGGGAGCAAUGUUCAUGCUCAAUAUCACUGCGAACAGGUACAAGAAGUAAAUUAUGUGAAACCUCAUCAACGAAUCAUAAAUGAUACCACCAGGGGAACAUUUCUCAGGUUACUUCAAGGUGAGAAUUGGAGUAACUGCUGGACUGAAACAGAUACCAUUAUUACAGCUUUUAAGAGUUUCCUAAAUGUGUUCUUAUUGCAAUAUCGCACCUCGGGAGUAAUAAGGUCACAUCUCAAAAAAAAUUGAUUUCGAUGUUUUUGCAUUUUUGGGGUUUGUAUGACCCCCCUCAACCAAAAAUUACACUUUGAGUUGGGUACAUUAUCUAGAUCUUGUAAAAAACGCAAAUGGCCUAACUCAAAAUCUCAACAACAUUGCAAGUUGUUUGGAGUUAUAAGGUCACAUCUCAAAAAACUCCACCUUUUUUGAGCAAAUUUCGUACAUACAAAGUGUUAACAAAUAGUUUUGAUUAUUUUGAAUGUUUGUCAGUUAGAAAUAGUCACAAGGAGUGCAUUUUUUAUUGGUUUGUACCAAAUGGAAAUUUUUUUUUAAAUUGAUCACUUUUCAGAAAAAUGAAUUUGCACAUAUUAUGAAAUUUCAGUUUUUUGAGAAAAACUCAAAAACUAAGCACUCUAGAAAAAAACUAACGACAUUGUGUCGAUUGGAAAUUUAAUUCUCUACAACUUUGUUAUCAUGAAAUUUUUUUUGGACCAUUCCUUUCACCUCCACAUCAACUUUAAUGAGAGGUUAUAACUCAAAACUUUUUCCAAACAUUGAAAUAUUUCCUCUUUAAGAUUGUAUUUUUCAAAGUGUACUUAUGCUAAAUGAAAGUAGGAUACCAGAUCUUUAAAAUGAGGUGCUAUUCAUUCCUCACAAUUAAGUAUAAGUUGAUAAAAAUAAUGAAUCAAGUUUAAAAAAAAAAGAAAAUCACUCUCCUGUAAAAUUUCACUUUUUUGAGAUGUGACCUUAUUACUCCCGAGGUGCGAUAUGAUGUGUCAUUUCCAUUUGGUAUACCUAGUGAAAGGGAAACAAAAAAGUAAUACAAAAUUCCCCCUACCAGCCAAAAUUGAAAUCAAAACUGCCCCGCGUAGCACAAGCGAUGCCAAAGUCGAUGGAAAAGAUGAGAUCUCUAAUCCGUCACUUGUCGACUUGACAUUUGUCGACACCAAUGUCGAUAUUAUGACGAGUGAGAAGUUGAUAUGAAAAUUGACUGUCCUCUCCCUUCAUUUUUUGUCUCGACAAGGUCACGACAUGGGUGUCAUUUUUUCAAGUGUAAAAGAGGCAAAUUUUGAUUGAAAAUGUGUGAAAUGUGCCCAAAACUCUUUUUUGAUUCAAAUGAAGUUAUUCUCAAAAAUAUUUCACUCUAAAAAAAAUUGUUUGAAAGAAAAAAACUUGCCUUGGGUAGGGAUCAAACCCAAGUUGUCACUGUCCUACUUGCUUCUGUCACGUUCUCUAACCACUAGACCAUUGCAGCUGUUGAGAGAAGUCGCCUUAAAAGAAUAUUUAGUCCAUAUUAUUUUGGACUUGGAAAAUUUUUCUUAUUGCGUUAUUGACUCAGACAUCGACAAAUGAGUCGGCAACACUUCAAAAUUUCUAAAAAUAUUUUAUAGAUCUUGUAAUCGACUUCAACUACCUCAUCAAUAUUAACCAGAUGGUUGAUGUCGAUUACAAGAUCUGCAGAAGUAUCUACUCGAUCACGACAUUUUGUAGAUACUUUUGUAGACCCUCUAAUCGAUAUUGAAAUUCAGGUUGUCUUGUCGAUGCCAAAGUUGAUAACAAUUAUUAGAUAGACAAAAGUAUAGAUUAUAUUAUGGACCAAAACCACAUGGUAACCAAUCCACUGGAAAUUGCUUCUGCUUUAAAUAAAUUCUUUUGUUAUCUACCAAAGGUCGAAAACUUGAAGGAUGGUGAAAAUCCCUUGGAUAAUUAAUUAAACCCAUCCAAUAAUUCUACAUUCUUCAUUGCACCAACAAACUCAGUUGAGGUCAUAAAUUUAAUUCACUCACUCAAAAAUUCCUAUUCAAAAGACUACCAUGGACUUGACACCUAUACUGAAAAUAGCAGCGCCAUAUAUUGCCGAACCAUUAGGCAGCCUCUUCAACAUGUCUGUUCAGGAAGGAGCCUUCCUCGAUAUCUAUAAGGUCAAUAUUGUGACACCUGUGUUUAAAAAGGGUGAUAGAAGUGCCAUGAAUAAUUACAAACCCAUAUCUAUAACAUUGAUCAGUGUUUUCCAAAGUUCUAGAAAGCUUAUUCUAUAAACACAUAUCAACAUUUUUCAGUGACAAUAAUUUGUUACACAGCUCCCAAUUUGGAUUUUGCAAAAACAAAAAUACAACACCUGCCAUACCAACUUAUUCGCUAUAUCUUGGAAAAUCUCCACAACAAAAAUGACAUUAUAGGGCUAUUUUGCGAUCUUUCAAAAGCAUUUGAUAUGAUUAAUCAUAAAAUAUUAGGAGGUAAACUAGAAAAAUAUGGUAUUAAGCCUGCUACACAUGAUAUCCAAUAUAUCUGACAAUCUCGAUUUGUCAAAUCAAAUUGAAUUCAAUCAAAUAUAUUUGGUUGCAUGGAAAGUCAAAUAUAUUAGAUCAUGUAAACGCUCUAAUAAUCUAAAUUUUUUUUCAAAUUUUAAAUGUUUUGUUGAUUGAUGACACCAAUUCUGAAAAUGGAAAUUAUUUAUAUUUUCAGGAUUAUUUUCAGAGUUGGUGUCUAUGGUGUCUCCGAUCAAUAAAACGUUAAAAAUUUGAGAAAGACAUCAUCAGAGCAUCCACACAACCAAAUAUGUUUGAUUAAAUUCAAUUUGAUUUGACAAAUCGAGUUUGUCAAAUAUAUUGGAUCAUGUGUACCAGGCUUUAGAGAGGGGUGGCUUUGGACUGGACCACAUCCUUUCUCAAAAAUAGAACUCAAAUUGUUAAGACAGAAGAUAUAAAUGGAGAAUACCAUUUCUCUGAACAAUAUCCAGUUGAGCAAAGAGUUCCACAGGGGUCAAUAUUAGGAUCUCUGUUCUUUAUCUAUUAUGUAAAUAAUCUUCCAAAAAAUGUAAGGAGUAACUUGAUCCUAUUUGCAGAUGACACUACAGCACUGCUUCCUAUGAAUAUGGGUAUCUCAUUACAGCAGGUUGUAGAUGAUUUGGUAGUAUGGUUCAGAAUAAAUAACAUGAAAUCAAAUGUUGAGAAAACAAACCUAAUGGCUAAUAUGUUUUGGUCACAGCACACACGCAAAAUUUAAAUUUGGCACUGCCUAUAACUAAAGUUGAAUGUCUAAAAUUUUUGGGAGUAUACAUCAACUCUAGUCCAACUUGGACUGAUCACAUAGACUAUUUAGGUCGGAAACUAUCAUCAAUAAUUAUCUUUUAUGGCAAUUAAAGGGUAUCACCAAUGUGCAAACUUUAAAAAUGGCAUAUUAUAGAAUGUUCCAGUCUAAUAGGGCAUAUAUGGCUUGGUGUUUUGGGGUGCUAAUAUCAGCCUUAUGCAGAGAAUUUUUGUAAUACAAAAACAAGCAAUUAGAAUCAUCUAUCAAAUGCAAGUCACAGAAUCAUGCAAGAAUGUCUUUCUUUUAAAUGAAAUUUUAACCUUACCCUGCUUAUACUUACAUAUCUGAUAGCCCAAAUUGUGAAGAAGGGCAUAGUAAAAUUACAUACCCCUCAACACAGUCAUUAUACUAGAAAUAGCUAACAACUUCAUAGCACACAAUUUAGGACUAAACUUUACCAAACUAGUAUAGACUUCAUGGCUGCAAAAAUGUAUAACAAAAUUCCAAAUGAAAUCAAAAUUAUCAAUUGCACAAAACUAUUUUCUAAAAAUGGCUGCUAAAAAAAAACAUUCUAUACAAUAGAUGAGUACACAUGGACCCUGUUACAUAACUGAGUACAUUAUUAUUAUUUUUAAGAUACUUACCUAUAUCAGAUUUAAUUAUGUGUGCUAAUCCUCCGGCGCCUCCGUUUUAUUUUAUUAUUCAUUUCUUUUUUUAUGUAUCUUUAUUAUUUCCUAUACUGUUAGUAAAUAAGUUGACUUUGUAAAUGAUUUGAUAAAUUAUUAUAAUAAUCAUUUUUAAUGGUAGCACUUUUUUUUUCAAAGGUGAUAAAUCUGAGGUCAGUGACCAUAAAAGUACAUAAUAUAACGAGUAAUUAUUAUUUUUUUAAUCUUUUUUUCUCGCAAGAAUCCAACAAUAACUGUAAAUAAAUAUUUCUAGUUUUUCUUU